AUGCCACGCCGCUCGCGGUCCAAGUCGCUCGUCCGCUCCCGCAAGCGCAAGGCGGGCGACCUGGCCUCGCAGCGGCUAGACGACGGCGACGAGGAGCCGCUCGCUUCCGAGACGUCCGGCGCUGACAAAACAAGGCUCGGCCGGGCCAGCAGCAGCAACCCCAACGCGCUCUGGCCCGACUGCGAUGCGUGGCGGCCAAAGAGCAUGUUCGACGUCUACUACAGGCUAACCGCAGUCGUGCCGCGCGAGGAGUGGCCAGCCUUCUCCGACAGCUUGCGCCGGCCGCUCCCAAUAACCUUCCGCUUCACGCGUGACGCCGCGGACGACUUCCGCGCCGAGGGCGAGCGCGUGCUGAGCCGGUGGGCGGCAGAGGGGCUGGGCACCCGCCGGCUCGGACUGGUCGAGGGCUGGCAGCUGCACAUGGACAAGCACCAGCUGCGCGAGGCGGUCCCCGGAUCGGACGCCGCCUCCGUGCGCGAGUGGCUCAUCCGAGGCACCGAGUCGGGCCUGCUGGUGCGGCAGGAGGUGGCCAGCAUGCUGCCCGCCGCGACGCUCGGCGUGCUGCCGCACCACCGCGUGCUCGACAUGUGCGCCGCGCCCGGCAGCAAGACCACCCAGCUCGUCGAGCGGCUCGACGGCGGCGGCGGCGUCGUCGUCGCCAACGACUUUUCGGCGCUGCGCUGCUUCACGCUCGUGCCCUGCACCGGCGACGGCACCACGCGCAAGCACCCCGAGGUCUUCCACAGGUGGGAGGUCGCGCUGGCGCUGCGGCAGCACCCGCUGCAGCUGCAGAUCGCGAUGAGAGGUUGCGCGCUGCUCGAGGUGGGCGGCCUGCUCUGCUACUCGACCUGCUCCCUCAACCCGAUCGAGAACGAGGCGGUCGUCGCCGCGCUGCUGCACAAGUGCGGAGGCGGCCGCCGAGGCGCCGUCGAGGUGGAGUCCGGCGCCGACGCCGUCGCCGCGGAGCUUGCGGGCGGCUGCGCGCCGGGGAUGAGCACGUGGCCGCUGCUCGACUUUCGGCUGGCGCGCCACCGCGACCUCGCCUCGCUGCGCGCCUCGGCACGAUUCGCCUCGCCGAGCGGCGGCUCGGCGGACGUGCCCGUCAGAGAGAAGCGGCUCUACCGCGCGUCGAUGUGGCCGCCCACCGCCCCCUCCCUCGCGGCGCAGCUCCGGCGCUGUGUCCGGCUGCUGCCGCACCGUUCGGACAGCGGCGGCUUCUUCGUCGCCCUCCUCCGAAAGGCGCGCCCGAUCUCGGGCAACCUCGGGCCGCCUAUUUGCACGGACGGCGCAGGCGGCCCAGGCGAGGCGCCCGCCAACCGGCUGCGCGUGGUGCACGCCGGGCGGAGGCUGCUCGCCGCCGAGCUGCCGCCGAGGGAAUGA